GGAUUCAGAAGUCUGGUGGUAACAGCCUUGACUCUUUUCCUUGUGUUUUGUUUCAUGGGAAAUUCCAGCAGUGCUCCUCAGACACUCUUCCAGAGAAGGAACUGGACUCCUCAAGCUAUGCUCUACCUGAAGGGUGCACAGGGGCGCCGCUUCAUCUCCGACCAGAGCCGGAGGAAGGACCUCUCCGACCGGCCGCCGCCCGAAAGACGAAGCCCAAAUCCCCAACUACUAACUCUUCCAGAGGUAGCAGCUGUGGUAUUGGCUUCCUUGCAGAAACAACAAGAAGCUGGAGAAGAAAACUUUGAUCAAACCAGAUUCCUAGAAGACAGUCUGCUAAACUGGUGA